AUGCUAUUUUUCAAUAACCUUCUUUUUGCAGUACUAUUUUCUGCUUCUUUGACAUAUGCUAAAUAUGCAAAUUUUGAAAGAAACUUUUUCCGAGUAAAUAGAAAUUCUGAUGACAUAUCAGGGGACUGGGACAAUACUAUUGUCCCUGAUGAUUUUGAUGAAACAGGAACUGAUAAAUUAUACAGAGUUAAAUCAGCUUGCUUUUCACCAUCUACUUCUAAAUAUUAUAUUGUUGAUGGUAAUGUUUGUAAUGGUGAAGAACUUUUGGUUGCUACUGGAAGAUUUAAGAACGCAAUUAAUAUAACAGGAUGGUCAAAUUUUGAAGUUGAAACAUUUAAUACUGUUGAACCACAUGAACAAGCUUAUGCUGCAGGAUUCCUUGAAGGUAAUAUGACACAUGGACUUCUUUCAAAUCAUAUUCAAAAUUCUGUUGAAAGUUAUUGUAAUGGAUUUUCUCAAUAUUGUGAACGAUUAAAACCAUAUCUUAAAGAAAGUUUUGAUUGGGUUAAAUCUGAAAUUAAAAUACGUCCAGCCGAUGACAUUUAUUGGAGUGCUGUAAAAAGAGUAUACUAUCAGCUAUCUGGUAUUAUUGCAGGUUAUGAUAAAAAAGAAUUUACUCCUAAUUUAUAUUGGGGUUAUCAUCCUAUUCUUAUUAUCAAUCUUGGUGGUGAUUUAUAUGACUUAGAGAGGAAGUUUAAUAAAACAAAAGAUACUGUAGAUAAUAGACUUCCAGACUCUGGUAAAUGUUCAGGUUUUGUAAAACUUGCUCCAAAUAAUGCUGAUCUUUUUAUUUCUCAAGUUACAAUGUCUGGUUAUCAAAUGAUGACAAGAGUUUUAAAGUUAUACAAAUUUGCCUAUGAUAAACAUGAAUUCCCUGGACAUACAUCAACAUUUGCCUCAUAUCCUGGUAUGUUAUAUUCGUCAGAUGACUUUGCUCUAAUAUCUAAUGGAUUGGCUAUUAUUGAAACAACUAUUAAUGUUUUUAACAAUACUCUUUAUAAUCAAACAAUACCAAAAGAACAACUUCAUUGUUGGGUUAGAGCAAUUGUUUCAAAUCAAUUAGCUAGAAAUGGUAGAGAAUGGUGUGAAAUCUUUAGUAAAUAUAACAGUGGAACAUAUAAUAAUCAAUGGGUUGUUGUUGAUUAUAAAAAAUUUACACCAUAUAAACCACUUCCAAAAUAUGGUGUUCUUUAUGUUCUUGAACAACUUCCUGGAGUUUCAUAUUAUAAAGAUGUUACAUGGUAUCUAAUGAAAUAUUCAUAUUUUGCUUCAUACAAUAUUCCAUUCUACCGUCCAAUAACUAAGUUAUCAGGAUUUUUAAAUAAAUCAGAAACUACUGGAUCAUGGUUUUCUUGGAAAAAUGCUCCACGUGCAAAAAUUUUUGCUCGUGAACAUCAUAAAGUAAAGAAUCUCGAUACUCUUAAAACUCUUAUGAGAUACAAUGAUUAUACACAUGAAGAAUUUUCAAAAUGUAAUUGUACACCACCAUAUUCUGCUGAAGCUGCUAUUUCUGCAAGAGGAGAUUUAAAUCCAAAAGAUGGAAAGUAUGAAUUCCCUGGUCAAGGUCAUAAUAAUCAUGGAGCACUCGAUUACAAAGGAACUAAUUUUAAACUUUUUCAAAAUUUAACUUUCCGCGCAAUUUCUUCUCCAGCAUAUGAUCAAGUACCAGCAUUCAAAUGGUCUAAUUUUGAUAUGAAAGAUACUAUUAAACACAUAGGACAUCCAGAUGAAUGGAAAUUUUCUGAAAUUGAAAUCCAAUGGGAAACAAAUAUAGGUAAUUAA